GGCGCGCGGCCGCGAAGGCCGAAGGGUGGGGGCCCUCCGCAGGACCCCAAGGCGGGGGCGCGCACCGCUCAGCCUGCCAGCCGUGCCCGCGCUCGGGCUAAGGGGCAGUCCGGAGACCCGCGCGUUUCCAUCCCUUCGCCAGACUUGGCUCCUGACGUCUUCUUCCUGCGGGUGAAACUGGAGGAGACUGGGGAGCUGUUCCGCGUGGCCAACUGCCGCAACGACAUGACAGUGCGGGAGCUCAAAGAGGAGCUGGACCUGGUGGUCGGCAUCCCCUUCAACCUACAGCGGCUGCAUUUCCUGGACCAAGGUGGCCCCUGCCCGACCCCUUCCCGACCCCCACGAGCUCCUUCCACGCAAGGGCCCCGGCCCACUCCUGCCCUGGGUCCCCAAGACACACCUAACUACCAGAGGACCCAAGGAAUUUUGAUGGAUGAUGCUACCCUGAAGUUCUACGAUGUUAUCCCUGGAGCAGUUAUUUCAUUAUGUAUCUGGCAUUAUGAUGGUUGGACGGAACUGGUUUUGGCAGCCGUGGAAGGGGACCCCAGUAAGCUGUCAUGCCUUGGCAUCAGUGAGGACACCUUCUACCGAACGGCCAACUCACAGCACUUUAAGGGUGAGCAAUGGAGGCAGUGGACCGCCCAGAGGGCGUUUGUGGCCUUGUACAUCUCUGCUCACAGAGGUCAUGCGGAUGCUGUGCGGUAUCUUCUAGAACUUGGAGCCAACUGCCUGGGCAAAUCACCCCUGGGCAGGACGCCCCUGCAUGUGAUUGCAGCCAUGGGCAGGAUGGACUGCAUCAGGCCCUUACUGGAACAUGGUGCCUACAUCCAUGAGAGAGACUCGAAAGGGGAAACACCCAUCACCAUCGCAAGGCGCCUGAAGCGCGAACAUUUCGAGCGCAAGAUGUUCCUCCUCUACUGGAUGAUCAAAUCUGGGAGCAAGGACCCCAAUGACUUGGUAGUGAGGGGGGCUCCAGAGAAAUCCAGCUCUGGAAAUGUGUCCAAAAGCCCCGUGUAGCUCCCCUGAGCACGUUUGCCCAUCAUCCUGCUCUGGGGCAACCUUGCAGCUCCCACAGUGGCCCCCAUGACACUCAUUAGGCGACAAAAGAAGGGACAGAUCUAAAUCAGAUGCCCAAUUGGUUGUCCUCUUACCAGUGUCUCUGGGAGGGUGUAAUGGAGCAGGUGAGCUCGUCUCUUUUGUGAUCCAUUCUGUUCUCACCAGGCCCACAAUGCCAGCCUUUAAUUUUAAGCUCUUUGUACGUGGUACCCAAUCACACUGGUUGGGGUGAUGGUAGUCAAUUAUCUCUCCCUUUUGAGGCCAUCUAAUGCACCAGCAUAAUAGGAGUAAUAGCAGGAAUGAUAAUAGCACCCUUGUUAUCGUGCAGAGAGAGCACUGGCCUACGUCAGGAGGUCAUGUGCAGUGUAGGUUGGGAAUUUGUUUGUCAGACCUAUGCAGCUAACCGUUUCCGUGGCCGGGAAUGACACAUAGUUGGCUGAGCCAGCUCUGAGGAGUCUGCUGAUUGAGUGCAGGGCAGAAGAGAAACUGGAAGUAAGGGCCUGUGAACCUCCAAGCAUAGUCCACCGAGAGGCUGCUUUCUUAUCCUUGUGGCAAGUACACACGUGGCCUUAGGGAUAGAGGAAACAACAUAGGAGGCAAAAAGGAGAGAGUGAGGCUGGCAGCCUCUUCCUGUGGUCCCAGUCCAGUGGCCCCCAUAAGCUUUCACGCUCCUUUUCACUUUCCCAAGCAACACCUUUCCCGGGGAGCUGACUAGCUCAGAGUGCCUGCUGUUGGCUCCAGGCAAUACUCUGCCUUAGUCUAUACCUUAGACCCUGCAGUGGGGGUGAGUAAACCAAGUGCAGACUACAAGCAAAGAAGCCGAAAAUGAGGCCCAAUGCCCAAGAAAGGGCAUAGGGACCCAGCUCCAACAGAAAGGCAAGGCAGAAGUUGCUAUUUUGUUCUAGAGUGUUCCAGAGCUAAAACCUGACUUUCAUGAUAGUUUAGCUCCAGGUUUUAAAAUAGUGCUUUGAAAUUCUGAAUAAGUAGCAAGGUAUGAAAGCAUGCUGAGGGACAGUUGCUUGCUGCUUAACUGUUUGGUCCACUGGGAAAGUGCUAGAAGGAACCUGAAUCUCAUUAGGAUGAUCCCCAGUUCUAUAGCUGCAGUCUAGGGACAGCCACAGGCCUUGUAGUGAAACAUAAUGUCCACCUUGUUACUCCUGGUGGGCCUUAUGUUCCCCUGAAGCCCUGAACUACAACACAAGUUCUGGAAUCCACCUACAUGUCAAAGGUCUCUUGGCCACUCACCAAGUUGCUUGGAGUGGGAGCAGGGGAGAGGGCGUUGCACCCUGGCUGACCUUUGCAACGUCCCAACAACUAGACCGAACUUUAAAAUGAAUGGCCCUUGUUUCCUGGUGUCACAGCAAGUAAGACCUUUGUUGACAAUGGUCUUAUACCAGCUGACGUGGCUGGGCCCAGGCUUGGCCAUCUGUUUGACAAAUAAGAGUCAGAAAAACACGUAUCAGCAUCAAGGAUGUCAAACUGAGAUCUUAUGUUUGGCAGGCAGGCUCCAAAGUCAAUAGGCAGAUAUUAAAGAACCCCCAUCCAUUGGGUCGGGUCACUUAGCUAAUGAGGUGUGUGGAGGGGAGGUGACUCAUGGGUACCCUUUUAACUUAACAAGUGGAGUCCCUCCAAGUAUUGUGUUUGCCAGGAGCUUGCUAAGCAGUCUUUCUUAUUGGAAGAGCCAACAGCCUGGCAUGAGGACCCACACUUUUGGGGACAAGAACUCCAUUUCCCCCAAUUCAAUUA